AACUGCAUGAGUUAAUGAGGCAAUCUGACUUUAAUAAAACACUAAUGACGCUGCAGUUUAAUAAGCUGGAGAUCGGGAUGUUUAAAGCUUUCUAAAUGACAUAAAUAUUUAAACUACACAGGGAAAUAUUCCAGUGUGCAGGGAUGGAGGGUGGGAGUAGACCAGGGGAAAGAAAGGAAGAGAGAAAGGGAGCGAUCCUGAUGUGUGGCGCGGAGAUGAGCAGCAUGUGCACUGAUGCAGCACGGACUAACAGCUGCCCAGGAACAGCUCGCUGCUUUUCACCCUGCCGGGCUGGAGACCGGUAUAAUAUCUCGGGCAGUGGAGAAGGCUCCCCGCCGGACAUGCGAGCGCAGCCGUCCUGAGGCAUGGAGCUGUGGAACAUAACGGACCUGGAGGGGAACGCGAAGCCGGCGUUGUCCAACUGCACGGUGGACACCAGCUACCGCUUCACCUUCUACCAGGUGUCCUACGGCAUCAUCUUCCUGCUGGCGCUGGCGACCAACGGCCUGGCUCUGCGCAGACUCUGCGCGUCCGCGUGCGCCAUGAACAGCACGGCCGUUUACAUGGCCAGCCUCUCCUUCGCCGACAUGUUUUUUGUCAUCUCUCUGCCCAUGAGAAUCUACUACUACCACCAGAAGGCCCGGGCUUGGACUAGGACCGGCGACCUGGCCGGCUGGAAUCCCGGAGCCGCCUUCUGCCACAUCACCUUCAUCCUCAAGUACAUCAGCUUGUACGGGGGGAUCUUCUUCCUGGUGUGCAUCGCUGUGGACCGGUAUACUCUUCGCCGUGGGUGCACCCUCUGGCGGCCGGCCCUGCGCAUGCAGCGCGUCGCGCUGGCGGUGAGCGCGGGGAUAUGGUGUGUGGUGCUGGGACUCAGCGUCAGUCUGCCGCUGCUGCGUCUGGCAGCGUCUCGCCAAAACCAGCCCUGCCUUCUCAACCCGUCCUCCCUGCGCCACAGGACCUUCAUCCUGGUCUCUCUGGGCUUGGUCCUGGGCUCCUUUCUGUUGCCCACUCUCGUGCUCGUCUACAGCUACUGCAAAGUGCUGAGCGUGCUCCGCAAAUCGAGGAAGCGCUGCCUCCGCCAGCGCCGCAGUCGUCGGCAGACCCUUAAAAUCAUUUACUGGGUGCUGGGCGUCUACCUGCUGUGCUUCCUGCCCUAUCACGUCAACCUGCUGGGAUACACCCUGACGCACGUGAAGCUGCUGCCCCACUGUGGCCUGGUCAGGCUGACCAAGACGGUGCACCCGGUGGUCCUCUCCCUGGCCAGCUUCAACUGCUGCCUCAAUCCCCUCAUCUAUUAUUUCUCCAGCAGCCUGGUGCACAGGGAAGCAGCGGGAGGUGGAGGCAACAGCAUCCAGUGAC